GAAAUCAUAUUCCUCUCACUGUCUCGAAGCAAGUAACUUUUUUGCUUCAAUUUCAUAAUUCCAUCAGCCAUGAGUUUUCAAGACAUCCAAGGUGGGCCCAACCCUCCCUCUCGCCGGAACCAGUCCCCGUCGCAGGCCGUUGCCGCCGGAAUUUUCCAGAUCAACACCGCCGUCGCUACUUUCCGGCGACUCGUCGAUGGCGUUGGAACCGUUAAAGACACUCCCGAACACCGUCAGAAACUGCACAAUACGAGGCAGAGAAUAUUGCUGCUGGUGAAAGAUAGUUCUGCUAAGCUCAAAUCCUUGACUGAAUCUGAUCGUGAUGCUAAUGCCAAUGCUAGUAAGAAAAUUGAGGAUGCUAAGCUUGCAAGAGAUUUCCAAACCACAUUGCAAGAGUUCCAGAAAGUACAACAGCUUGCCUCUGAGCGCGAAUCAGCUUAUACCCCUGCUGCCCCUUCUUCUUUACCAACAAGCUCUGGCUCUGGUGAAGAAUCGGUUGGGAUAGACGUGGAAAGCCAACCUUUUAUCAGAGAGCAUAAGAGGCAAGAGAUACUUCUGUUGGACAAUGAAAUAUCCUUCAAUGAGGCCAUGAUUGAAGAAAGAGAACAGGGAAUUAGAGAGGUAGAAGAGCAAAUUGGACAAGCAAAUGAAAUAUUCAAGGACCUAGCUGUUCUGGUUCAUGAUCAGGGUGUUGUUAUUGAUGACAUUCAUUCAAAUAUUGAUGCUUCUGCUGGUGCAACAACCCAAGCUAGGGUCCAGCUAGCUAAGGCUUCCAAAAGUGUGAAAUCCAAAACCUCAUGGUGUUGGUGGUUGCUUGCAAUUUUUGUGGUCGUGCUUGUCAUCUUACUUGUUGUACUCAUUUUUUAGUGUGCAAGUGCCUACAAGCUGGACAGAUUUUUCAUCCCAUAUUUCGUGAGUGUUUUGUUGUGUGAAGAGUGUUUUGACCAAAAGAAAUGUGUUAGAAAGUACUGCACUGCAGUUUGAUAUGCUGACUGCGCAUUUGCAGGUGGAAGUUGGAAGAAGUUAGUGAGGUAAAGCGAUUAUAAGAAGAGUCCUGUAUUUGUAAUGUAAAUUUGCAACAUAGAAUUUGUACUUUCUAUUUAAACAUGAAUUCAAAAGCCAUUACCAAUUUGUUGAUGACUUGAUGGCUAGUGCCUUCCCUGUGCUUAUCUUAACGUCCAUGCUGCAUUGUCUGUGUAAAUUCUCCCUUCCAACCCUCUCUUCUGCGUAUUUGUUUAGCUUCGCAUUCAAGCAACAAUCUGUUUCUGUAUUCGAAUUAUGAUAUUAUGGACUUUUUAUUACUUAAUUGAAGCUUGCUUAUCCCUUCAA